AUGCGCUUUACCGAUCUCUCCGUAUCUAUGAUUGCUGUCUGGGCUCUGCAGCUUAGCACUGCUAUCGCAGAGGACAGAGGGCGCUGGGACGUCGAGAUAUAUAAGGAUGAUCUUUGCGAGGAUUCCACUGGGAUAUACUCUGACAAAGUCUCCUCGGAGUGUGAAAGCUUCGAUGGGAUGCCCGAGAUCUUGUCUAUUAGAGCGGAGGCGGAAACUCUGGGCGCCAGAUGUGGAUUCACUAUCUAUGCCUAUGAGGACUAUCAUUGCAAGGGGGAACAAUGGUCCCUGCGAGACAAGGACUGUCUCCGGGCCAACCUCGGUGACACCGCCCCCUUGAAAAGCUUCAAGGUGGGCGAAAACCCAUGCGUCUCAGGCAUGGGUGACAGAACGGGAUACCGAGGUAUGUGA